CUCCUCCUCUUCCUCCUCCUCCUCCGUAGCGGCAGAGCUCUGAUGCUCUGAUGAAGACCGUUUCUCCUCCUGCUCCUCUUCUGUCGCUCCGGUCCUCUCUUCUCUCCUCUGGAUAUUUUUCUCGUCGCCACCCUGAAGUUCAUCGUGAUCAUCUUGGCCGCCGGGAUGGUGGCCUUCAUCGGGGCCGUGAUCUGCAUUAUCGCGGCCGUCCACACCGGAUCCGGCGGGUCCUCACACCGGCCACCGGCCGCCGACAACCAGUCUCUGUACCCGGACUCCGCAGCUCAGCCCCCCUCUGCCGGCGGCUCCGUGGCCCGGCCCGGGUCUCUGGGAGCCCUCCACGGAUCUGAGACGCCCGAAUCCGAGGCUCCGACCUUCCACAUCGGGCUGGGCGGACUGGACGGGGUCACCGGACUCACCGGACACGACCCCACGGCCAGCCGACUCAUCUGCACCCCGAUCCCCGCCGGAGAGUGCAACCCCAAAAACUCUGAGCAACAAGCGGACGACCCGGCGCAGUACGCGGGGGAGGACUGGGGCUACCUCCGGACCACCGCGGACGAACUCCGGCAGACGGUGGUGCAGCAGAAAGAUCAGAUCCUGGAGGACCAGAGGACCAUCCGGGAGCUCAGCGGGAAGCUGUCCGAGUGUGAGAGGGGUCUGGACCGCAGAGGCGGCGAGGAGCGACGCGGAGCUGCGGCUCCGCAGCGGGGGAUGGUCCGGGACGGUCCGCCCCCCCUUAGUUCCAGAGUCCUGGAUGAUGUGGAGCAGGAGAUCAGCCAGCUCCAAGACCGGAUAGAGAGGCUGGAGUCGGACAUCGGACCGUUUCCUCACAACCAGACGGACUCUCCGGGGGAACCGGAGGGGGGCGACCCAGACAGGACGUCCCAUCCUGGGCUCAGGCCCUGGAAGAUGGAGGAGUUGGAGGGGGAGCUGGAAAGGAAGGUGGAGCUCCUGAAGAAAGAGAGACAGGUCCUGAGGCUGGAGACGGAGAAACAUCGACAAGCAAUGGACCAGAGCAUCGAUAAAGUCCAGCAGCGAGUCUCAGGGCUGGAGGGAGGGCUGCGUUCCUUCCCUGAGGGCUUCAGACUCUCCUUCCCAACACGAACUGACUACAUGUUCGCUGUGGUCAGGAGCUCCAUCCCAAAGCUCAGGGCCUUCACCGCCUGCCUCUGGCUACGCUCCUCUGAGCAAGGCAUCGGGACGCCGCUGUCUUACGCUGUUCCUGGUCAACCCAACGAACUGGUGCUGCUGCAGGGGCUCCACGCUCCAGCCGAGCUGCUGGUCAACGACAAGGUGGCGCCGUUGCCUCUGAACCUGUCCAGAGGCAACUGGCAGCACAUCUGUGUGAGCUGGACCCAGAAAGAAGGGGCGUGGAAGGCCUACCAGGGGGGCAAGCUGAGGGGGGAGGGCCAUGGACUGGCAACCGGACAUCACAUCAGACCUGGAGGCGUCCUGGUCCUGGGACAAGAGCAGGAUUCUCUGGGUGGAGGGUUCGACUCCUCCCAGGCCACGGUUGGAGAGAUGUCCCAGGUGGGUGUUUGGGACCGGGUCCUGACGUCCAGCCAGGUGUCCAGCUUGGCUCGCUGUGGCAGGGUGAGCCAGGGCAGCGUGGCCCCGUGGACCGAGACCGGCGUGGAGGUCUACGGUGGAGCUACCAAGGACCCGGGGGAGCCUUGUAGUAAACACAGCAGGAGCUCUCAGUGACCCCCGGGGCAAAGGAGGAGGCCCCCAGGGGCCCAAGGAGGAGGAGGACUCUCUGAAAACUGGAUGUGGCAUGGCCAAUGUGUAUUUAUGUGAUGUGAGUCAAAGGUUUGCAGUUACUUGUUAGUUCCUGGAACUAGUAGCCAUAAACACACUGGGGGGUUAGCUACAUGCUCAGCUAGCACGCUCAGCUAGCACGCUCAGCUAGAAUGUUCAGCUAGCAUGUUCAGCUAGCAUGCUCAGCCAGCUAACAGGUUGCUAUCUGACCUUUAAAGAAAACAUUUAGGAAAACGUGUUUUCUUGUCCAGAGCCACGGAUAUAAAUAUGAACCAGGUUUAGGAUCAGGCUCAGAGUUAGGAUCUGGGUCAGGGUCUGGGUCUAGGU